AUGGCCGACACGCUACGGUCACAACAAGUCAGAUACCCGCCUCCGGAGUCUUCGCUGGGUCGAAGACCGAAGAGGUCACUUAAUCCGAUAAUAGAGGAGGACAGCGACGAUGGCCAGGCUCGGCGCACCGCCGCAGGUCACCAGGGGAGGCGUGCGGAUACUUCGCAUCUCAAGAUAGAGGCCUGGUUGUCUCCGAUGAGCGAUCACUUCCCAACACCCCGGGGAGUGCAUUAUCUCGCCGCCCCCGUCCUGCCCUCGUCGCCAUCCACCGUCUCUGGCGGUGGUAGCUCCCCCACCACCUCGUCCAACCCCUGGAACCGAGCCAGCGUCGCUACCGACAACACCGAGUUUGAGGAUCUCUAUGAUGUCUCUGAGGAGGAGCAAGACGACCUGCCGCGCGGCCUGCGACGGUCAUCUUCGGUUAGAGGAAACAGGGUUCAGGACGUUCGCGCCCCGUCCGCGAAGCAACCAGCUCGCCUGAUCAUACCGACGGAUCGCGCGGCCGCCGACGACGUCUGGUCUGCUGUGGACGAGCUCAAGAAGAUUACUUCUCCUGUUCCCCUGACGCCGGCGACCCAGUUGCCCAUGUCGCCGGCCCAGAUGGACUUUAUGGGCAAGCAGCAGGCUCUCGAGGUCCCAACCAUCUCGGCACCGCCGUCACUCGACGGCAGUCUCUCAUCGGAGCAGCUCGCCGCCAUGAGUGCGCCUCCGACCCCCGUGAUUGGAGAUGAGGAAACCACUCCAGAAGCGGCGUGGGCCGGCGUGCACCUACAGCCUGGCGCCCUGGCAACCCUUCACGCCUUGUCUAGCACGAGUGAAGAGGAUAUCCAGGAGCAGCCGUCGCAAGUUAUUGAAGUUGCCCAGGCGUUGCCUCAGCCUGCCACAGAGAUGCGACAGCAACCGCUUCGACUGAUUACGAAUCUUCGUCUGCAGGCAACCAACGGCGCGGUUCUUUCGCCCUUGCAGCGCCAGUCUUUGGCGGAGCUGACGCGAUUGGAGAUUCCGUCCCCUGGCGGAUUCUUCUCCGGGCUGUCUCCGCGAACGCGGACCACCUGGCACACGCAUGCCAAGACUCCUGAGGACCUGCCACCUCCAACCUCGACGACCGCCGAGCAGUUCUAUCGAUGCCCCUGGAACGAUCCCUCUGCGCCUCCAGUGCCGAAGCGUCCUGAUUCUGCAGAAGGAUUCUAUAGGAGUUUUGAUGCGUCAUCAUCCUCGGCCCCUGUGGAGCAAAUAGUCGAAGUUCGUGAUGACGACGUUUCCGACGGCAUUCCCACCGCCCGGCCGGUCAUUCAACACCAGGAUUCCAACUCCUCUGGCGAAACUGUCAAGCCACCAGCGUCUCCCGUGGCUGAGGAUGUUCCAGCCGAGAUUGUCGUCGGCUACGAUGCGAGCUAUGCUCGGAAGCAGCAAAAGGAGGCACUCGAGAACCUCGACCGCACCGAACUCUGGCUGUUGGCCCAGCGAGCUUAUCUGAAGGGCGUCAACGAUACCCACGAUGAGAACGGGCUCAAGACUAUUGAGGAGGCCCCAGACGAGGAAGAGGAGCAGGGGGGCAAGGUAACGCCCAAGUUCCAACCCGAACAAGCAGUGGCGCCCAAGAAGAAGGUCGUGCGAUUCUCGGAUGUUAUUCCGACGACUGCGCAGCCGAAGCGCCUCCCAUCCAAGCUUCUGCGACAAGAGUCGGCGUAUUACCGAGCAUUCCAAGACUACAUCGUUCGAACUCAACUCCGCGAUGUCUUUGUUCAUCAGCUCACCCGUUUCGAGGCCCUGCAGGCGCAGAGAGUCGCCUUGCGAGAGACACACCGCAACCAACUCCUCGGCAAAUACCAACUAAGUGUUGUCCCUCAGUCGGCUAAGAAGCGCCUCAGUGCCAAUGUGGCUCGCGGAGACCAUGUCUUGACGGACGACCCGGAAAAGCUGCGCAUGGAAAAGGAGUCUGAAGCCGCGAGCCAGAUGGCCAUGCCCACCUGGCAUGUCGCGGCCCUCAAGUUUCUCAAUGGCGGGCGUUUAAUCUCGGCACCAGUGACGAACAGGUUGGUUCGACUCUCCUACCUGUCGUCAGCAAAGACCGGGGCCUCUCGGGAACGCGCGAGGAUCUUGGACCUCGGUGGGCAAUCGACUUGCGACUGGGCGUGGCACUGCGCGCUCCAGUACCCCAACGCCAAGAUCUACUCGGUCACCACAAAGGCAAUUCGCCAGCUGUCCAACUCCAAUAUUCGUGGUCCCCCCAACCAUCGUCAGGUCGCCGUGGAGAGACUCACCCGGCUGCCGUUUGCCAACGGCCAGUUUGACCUCAUCUCCGCGCGCGAACUCCACAGUGUUCUCAAGUUUGUGGGCGAGAACGGCCAGGAUGAGUGGGAGAGUUGCAUUCGAGAGUGUAUGCGGGUCCUCAAGCCCGGCGGCUACCUGGAGUUCUCGAUCCUAGACUCGGACAUGAUGAACGCAGGCCCUCUGGGGCUGGCAAAGAGCGUCGAGUUUGGCUUUGCGCUCAAGACGCUCGGAUACGACCCCAGUCCUUCAAAGAUGUGGCUCGGACGCCUUGCCCGCGCCGGGUUCGACGAUAUUCGCCGAGUAUGGAUGUGCCUUCCCGUUGGUGCGAAGAGGCGAAUGUAUAUGCCUCCCAUUCCGGCGAUCAGAGACGCGAACAGCCGAGAAAUCAAGGUUCAUCAGUUGGACGCCAUGGUCAUGGGAAGCAGCGACAACAUUGCCAGUGUGUGCAGCAUCGUCGGCGGGUGGAGCUGGGAGCGAUGGCUCCUCCGAUGCGAGAUGGAGAAGGUGGCGGGCGAGAUGAGACUCGCCGACACGGUGACAACGGGGGCGGCGAUGAUGGAGGCAGGCAAGUGCCUGGAUGGAGUUCACGCCAUCAUGGAAGAGGGAAGGGAGUGCAAGGCCGGGUUCCGCAUGCUCAACGGCUACGCGCGCAAGCCCAAGGCUGGUACCGAGACAAUUAGCAUCGCCCUGGCGACGUGA